AUGGAGUUAACAAACAGCCUUAAUAUUCGUGAUCAGCAGCGACCUAGGAAAAACGGGGAGACAGCUGCAAGUCAGCGACGUGUUGCAACAAGGUCAACGGGUUUAAACGGCAGCAACAAUAAACGUCACUACCAACAUUAUCGUCUGGAAUUGCCGAAGAGUAAUAUCAGUUCACAUCCUCAACUAAAAGGUAGAGGGGUACCCAAUUCAGUUCUUUCGGGGAUUGUUUCUUCUCUCGCUUCAUUCACAGACUAUUAUCCCAUUCCACAGCGGGUGCCGCGUCGGCCAUCGUAUGAAAUCGCUGUUGCUAUGUCAACGUCGUCAACGACACCACCAUUGAUCGAAGCUACUAAACCAGCGUCACCCCGGUGGUGGCUAGUUGUACCGUGUCUAUUGAUAAUGAUGAUUCUAACAACGGCUGAUCCACUUUUUAUGAACGAUUUUAUUUUCACACGUUACGAGCGCUACUAUCAUUUAGACUCAUCCAAAACAGCAGAACGCACGAGUUGUUUACAACAAUCAAAAUCGACGACUACUCCAAUACCGCGACGAUAUUACCAGUAUUAUCCUAAGAUUGAUCUACCACAACAGCAAGGACCGUUAGCUCCCACGUACCAUCUCGUACAGAAAGCGGUAUCAAAACUGAACGUUAUCACAUCAAUCGCAUCGGCUGUUCCAGCUGUGAUUACAUUUAUUAUAUUGGGCUCGAAUUGUGAUACGAUUGGAAGAAAACCCUUGCUUAUCAUCCCGUUUGUGGGUAAAGUUGUACGCUACACAUUACUGUUAAUUGUUGUUGAACGGAAUCUGGCGGACAUAUGGCUGAUUAUUGCUUAUACAUUAGACAGUACGUUUGGUACCUCCGGCCUGGUAAUGUUAGCUUCGUUAGCCUAUAUUACUGAUUGUACGAUGGCGAAACAGCGUACAAGAGCGUUUCUACUGACAGAAGUAGCCGCCGCCGUGGUCAGGAUUGUUCCCCUACUGGCUGUUGGUUUGUGGCUGAAAUAUAAGGGUUAUACAACGCCAACGAGUGUGAAUUUAACUCUCAGUAGUUUUGGACUGCUCUAUGCGCUCGUGGUUCAACCUGAAUCCACUCAGAGCGUUAAACAUUUGUCACUAUUAGGGAAAUUAAGGUUAAUCCGCUUCAAGAAGCCUCUCGCAAGAAUAUUCAAAGUAUUUUCUGUUAAACGUGAUCCCCCCAGUCGUCGUCCAACUCUUAUUUGUUUGACAAUAACAUCAAUUCUUCUUCAAUUAAUUUUGUUUUCUUCAACAUCGGUUCAUCUUGUCUAUUUAUACGGGCAACCAUUUUGUUUUAAUUCACUCCGAGCGAGCAUACUGUCGUGUGCGGGAACAGUAUCAAUGGUUCUCGUGUCGGCGGCGAUACUUCUGUUCACACGAUUAACAAAAAUAGAUCUACUACAAAGUUUUCUCUUUCCGAUUAUUGGUACAUGUACAUAUUUGAUACAUUUAAUUUUAUUUGGUGUAGCUAAAACAACGUGGGUUCUAUAUAUCGGUUAG